AACAUCCUGGUCAAGCAGUUCUCUCGUUGUAUAUUGCUACAAACCCACAAAAAAUGGCUUCUGAUCUUCGCUCCACGUAUCAAGGAGCAAGCAUCGACAGCGACGGGGACGUUCGUUGCAAGUGCGGGUUCGACCUGCGCACGUCCACCGUGAACAGCGAGAAGAGCCCGUUCUGUGGGAAAAGGUGUCAGUCAAAGAUAUGACAUGCAAGCAAAGGAGAAGAAACGAGGAAGGAUGUCGGAUUUAUAUCUGGAGCGACGAGCUUCCUCGGAUAAAGCGGCUACUGCCUCGAUUCUCAGAGCCCAAGACACCGAAGAAGACAGCAGAUAUCCGACGGUUUGGCAUCGUGACUCCAUCAAGCUCGAGGAAGACUCCGCGAAGUGAACAGGGUCAUGAUGUCUCUACGCAGAAGAAGCGAUCAUUGUUUACGUCUCCCGGACAAGACUCCAAACGGGCAAAGAUCUUGACGACGCCGCCUGGAUCGCCGUGUCCGCCGUCCAACAAGUUUGAUGGCAUCGCGUCUCCAAGGUCAGGAGAGUCAUCCUACCAGGGGAAGUCAUGCCGAUGGGAAGAAUACCAGAAGGAUUUACUCCGAACACCGAGCAAAGUGAGGCCAAAGAAGACGGUAGAAGAGGAAGAUCUUUUAUCAGACUGGGAGGAUGCUGUUCUCUCCGAGGUGAUUCGAAUUGCUGACGGGAUGAAUUAGAAUGAAUAUAUGUGCCUAAGGUCUAUUCUAGUAGACUACAUACAUUUGACUGCUUCUACUGUACAAGAGAGGAGACUAAUCCAGCUUAUCUUUUCUCACUCCCUCCUCACUCUUUCUCUCCAUCUUCUGGUGCUGCUUGCUCACCCUCCUUCUCCUGAGCCUCUACAUCCUGAGUCUCCGGUUUGUCCUCUUUCUUGAUGGUGCGCCAUUCCAUGCCCAACGC